CUUCAGUCUGAAGCCUUAUGUAGGUCAGGCUCGGCUUAACCAGAUUUCACGAACCUGCGUCAGCUUAAGCUGAAGGAAUUUUAAUAAACCCUCCCCUGUAGGCGUGGGCCUAAAUGAGACAAGCCUAGUUAAGCCUGAUCUUUUUUCUGUUUGUGAAAAAGAGCUGAGCAGAGCUAGGAUCUGUGUGGUGGUUUCAGGAACUGCUGCUUCUUCAGGCUGGAGAGGACGAUGGUUGGGAAGGCCAGAUCCUCGAAUUUCACUUUGUCUGAAAAGCUCGAUUUGCUGAAACUUGUCAAGCCAUAUGUUAACAUUCUCGAGGAACACACCAACAAACAUUCAGUCAUAGUGGAAAAAAACAAGUGCUGGGACAUCAUAGCUGAUAACUACAAUGCCAUUGGAGUUGACCGCCCUCCUCGCACUGCCCAGGGCCUGCGCACACUAUACAAAAGGCUCAAGGAAUAUGCCAAGCAAGAACUCCUACAGCAAAAGGAGACCCUUUGUGACUACAAAAGCUACAUCUCUGAACCGACUAAGAAAGUUGUGGAAAUGAUCCCCCAGAUUUCCACUGUGUGUUUGAGAGAGAGGAAUAAUCUGCCAUGUGCUACCCUGGUAAAAGAAACCGUUGCUACUACAAGCUCUCCACAGCUAGUGUUGGAGCCCCAUCCUGCUGCUAUCACACUGGAGCUGGAUCAAGAAGAAGAGGACGUCAAGCCACCACCUUCACUGAUAGUUGAAUUGCAAACACAGGAGAACUUGGAACAAAGAGAACAGCAACAUAUGGUCCAUGUCAUGGAGAGAUCUCCAUCAACUUCCCUGUCUUCUGUGGAUAUAAGAAUGCUAUCUCCAUCGCCUAUCCCCAGACGAGAUGAGUUUUUCAGGCUCGAAAGUGGAGAACGAUUUAGGCCAGCAUGUGGAGGGUAUGAUCCACAAAUGUUGCAAAUGCUAAAAGAAGAACAUCACAUAAUUUUGGAAAAUCAGAGGAAAAUUGGGCUCUAUAUCCAAGAAAAAAGGGAUGGGUUGAAAAGGAGGCAACAGCUGGAAGAAGAGCUUUUGAGAGCAAAAAUUAAAGUGGAAAAAUUAAAGGCAAUACGGUUACGUCGUGAUCUUCCUGAAUUCAACAGUCUUUGAAUAUAAAGCAAUUCUGCUGCAUAAAACCAUGGUUAUUUUAUAUUUGAUUAGAAAAGAUCACUUACU